CAGUCCAGCGUGGUGAGGGGAAGCAACCGGAGCAGCGUUCUCGGCGUUACCGUCGUCGUCCUGGUGAAUCGGCCCUCGUAUCUGCUAUGAUGAAAUCGCGGGAGUGCCUGUCCAUCCACAUCGGCCAGGCGGGGGUGCAGAUGGGGUCGGCGUGCUGGGAGCUGUACUGCCUGGAGCACGGCAUCCAGCCCGACGGCCAGAUGCCGGCCGACACCACCCUGGGCUCCGAGGCCGACUCGUUCAACACCUUCUACUCGGAGACCUCGAACGGCAAGCACGUGCCUCGCGCCAUCUUCGUGGACCUGGAGCCCACCGUCGUCGACGAGAUCCGCUCCGGCGCCUACCGGCAGCUGUUCCACCCGGAGCACCUCAUCACCGGCAAGGAGGACGCCGCCAACAACUACGCCCGCGGCCACUACACCAUCGGCAAGGAGAUCAUCGACGUGACCCUGGACCGGAUCCGCAAGAUGGCGGACCACUGCCACGGCCUGCAGGGCUUCCUCAUCUUCCACUCGUUCGGCGGCGGCACGGGCUCGGGCUUUGCGUCGCUCCUGCUCGAGCGGCUGUCCGUCGACUUCCCCAAGAAGAGCAAGCUCACCUUCUCCAUCUACCCCGCGCCACAGGUGUCGACGGCGAUGGUGGAGCCCUACAACGCGAUCCUGUACACGCACCCGACGCUGGAGCACUGCGAGGUGGCCUUCCUCGUGGACAACCAGGCCAUCUACCAGAUCUGCAAGGAGAAGCUGGGCAUCGAGCGGCCGCGCUACACGAACCUGAACCGACUCAUCGGCCAGAUCGUGUCCUCCAUCACGGCCUCGCUGCGCUUCGACGGCGCGCUCAACGUCGACCUCAACGAGUUCCAGACCAACCUCGUGCCCUACCCGCGCAUCCAUUUCCCCUUGGCAACGUACGCACCCGUCAUUUCGGCCGACAAAGUAGGCCACGAAAAAAUGACGGUGACGGACAUAACGAAAUCGUGUUUCGAGCCCAACAACCAGAUGGUCAACUGCAACCCCCGCAACGGCAAGUACAUGGCGGUGUGCCUGCUGUACCGCGGCGACGUGGUUCCGAAGGACGUGAACGCCGCCAUCGCCCUCAUGAAGAAGGAACGCACCGUGCAGUUCGUCGAGUGGUGCCCCACGGGCUUCAAGGUGGGCAUCAACUACCAGCCACCCACCGUGGUGCCCGGCGGCGACCUGGCCCGCGUGUCCAGGGCCGUGUGCUCGCUCUGCAACACGAGCGCCAUCGUGGACGCCUGGGCCGCCCUCGACAACAAGUUCGACCUCAUGUACGCAAAGCGCGCUUUCGUGCACUGGUACGUCGGCGAGGGCAUGGAGGAAGGUGAAUUCUCAGAGGCGAGGGAAGACCUGGCCGCGCUGGAGAUGGACUACAGAGAGGUGCAAGAGGACUCUGUGCCAGACGACCAGGACGACUACUGAAGCCUCCAGAGUUCAUUUGGGUCCAGCACUGUCUCAAAGGCAGGCUUAACAAAUUAUUUCCUCCACAACAAAGCUUUGUCAUAGGAUGGUUCAAGGUUCAAGAAUGGAAACACAACUUUUAUGUACACUUUAUUGAAAAUGUAUGGGUACCUUGUAAUCUCUUUUACAAAAGUACUAUAAUAGUUCAUCAGACAAUCUCAAGAAUUUAUAAUAAAAGUAAAUUGAAAACUUUAAGGUAGUUUCAUCUAAGUAACUUCUAAA